GGAAAUCCCGGCCUAUUUACCAACCUAUCCUGUCCAACUGAUGCAUGCUCCUUCUUAGACCCAGUCUUCCAACGAACUGAUCCCUCCCACCAGGGGCUCCAUUCUUCUUCUACGAUCUGGCUAGAUGAGGUCGAUUCUAGUGAUUGGUUCAGGUAAGCUCGUUAUGAUGCUGGCAUCCUGCACUCCAGUAAAUUAUUAGAAGGUGAGGAAGCUUUCAAUCUCAUGUCUGUUUGUCCUCUCCCCACAGGAGCCUGAUGAAGGUUUGGGAUUUCUGAGCAAAAAGAAAUUGACAUUUUUUAUUAUGAUUUACAAACUUGAAUUGAAUUCAUAGUUUGGUAAAAUUAUUAAUGUUAUUUUUUCUUUUCACUAAUUCAAUAUAUAUGUUUCCAAGCCUGAAACUCGGGGUUGCGUAUGUUCUUUGGGUAUGUACUUACAGAAAUUCAGAUAAAGAAACCAAAGCAUGAAUAAUUAAUAGAGAUUGUUGCUAAGUUGUACAUUUUUGUUUGGUCUGUUGAGGAACAUUUGCGUUUGUCAAGUUUUCUGUGGAGGACAUAUAUUUCAAAUAGCACUUGUAGUGUGUAAGUGUUUGUUAUACUGAUUGAAAUGACUUUUAAGAUUGCAAGUAUAAUUAGGCCAACAUACAGCAAUAUUUUUUUUUUAUAAUUGUGUGUCUAAUAGAUCUCCUGAAUAUUAAACCGUAUACCUUAUUCUCGUAAAAAUUUGAAGCCAAACAGCAGGCUUUUAGGUAUAAAUUUGGGCAAUGACUUGGAUAUGUGUAUUUAGAUUCUUAUACAUGUCUGAAGUUAAUAAAGUUAUUAGAAGUUAUAUAUGAGAUAUAUAUUAACUGUUAGAUUAUCAACCUUUGUUUUUACAGAUAUAUAACUUAUUCAAAGGAGGAAGAAGCAGUUCGUUGCAUUCAGUCAGUGUAUGGUUACACAUUGGAGGGUAGACCAUUAAGAGCCUGUUUUGGAACCACAAAAUAUUCCCAUGCAUGUCUGAGGAGUGUGGUAUGGUCCUUAAUUUAAUUAAUUGUGAGUAAUUCGACUAUGGGGGCAUAAUGUAAUGGAAGGGUAUAUAUUCGCGGACUAAUAUAUUUCUGAAUUAAAUUCUGACUGUAAUGCUAUUUUGUUAGAUGGAAAAGAACUUGAUGGUUCAAUUACCACACCACUAAAUUCAAUUCCACUACACGUUUACAAUGGUGUAAUAAAUGUUUGUAAGCAUAGAGCACACGAUAGUUUAUGGAGUAUCUUGUGGUAGGUACGAGUGCUACAUAAUUUAAUUGGAUUUGUCAGAGUCGAAUAUUCAAGCUAUACUUUGUCCACUUAUGUUGUUUAACCAAUUAUUAUUUGUCGAAGUUGGGUCUUCGGUAUAUGUAGAUUCCUCAUUUUUCUGACUUUGCUAAUUACGGAAGAACUUUACAACUUUUACUCUAUUUGUAUACCUUGCACAGUGAUUUCUUUUAAUUUUUUUAGCUUUUACAUGAAUAUGCCUCAGGUGUAUGUAUGUUAGACAGUUAAGAUUGGUGAAAUCCUUGCGCUAUUUAUGGAACUUCAGACCUUGGGUGACAGGAAUUUGCAGUUUGCUUUCUUAUUUCAGUUUACGAGAGUGUAUUAUCUUUUUUUUGAUUGAUUUUAGGCAAAUAAUACGGGGACGAUGUCAAGCAAAAUGAAAAAGAAAGCAAAAUUGCAGCGUGUCAUUCGUAGCAUGAAAAAACAGCAGCUCCAGUCUUCAGAAAAGACUACAAGCUCCAGGUCAUAUUCACCUCUUAACCAUUUAAAUGAUGCUCAGGGAUUUGUUGAAAAGCUGUAUUCUCGUCUCCAAACUGCAGACAAAUUUGAGUUCAGUCUUCCCAAGACAACUUUACUGCCCUGAAGCAGGUUUUGGAAAAUUAGAGAGAAGUGUUACAAAGUUGACAGAAAUAUUCCUUGUGCACUGUAAGAUAAAAGGAAAACCGGAUUCUGCAGAAACUGUUGUGUUGGUCGAUGGCUAUUUGACAAAGCGAGCCUGUUGCUGGUUUUCACGCUUAGAUAUGCAGUUGUUGUGGGAUAUUGUCCAUUUGGAGAACAGGAACAGGCAUUGCAAUAUUUUACUGAACUACCUCGGUUUCAUCACACAUGGUAAAUGUUGUGUUUCGUCCAGUUUCAACCGUUUCUGUUCCUAUGAACUUCACAAUAUGAACAUAAUCAAGAAUUUACCAGGCGUGGAUGCUCUCACUGCAUUUGCAUAUUUCUUUGAUGCUGAGUCCACAAGGAAGUACGUAAGUUCAAGAAGUUUGGCAGAGGAAAGACAAAUAAGCAGCUUACUUCUAGGUAGUAUGCUAGAUGUGGUAGAGGAGGUACAAUUAGCUCGGUUAGAACUUCGUAAUCUCAUUCAGUGUAUCUUCUGCUCUGAGUCAGUUGAACAGCUUGAUUUGCAGCUUUAUUUCCUUAAUCUUAAAAGUGGUAAAAGAGCAAUCUUUACUUUUGACUUGUCCUGUUUAAAAGGAAAGAUAUGCUAGAGAAUGAAAAGAUUGGUAAUGAUGGUAAAUAUCGACUAGGAGGAAGGAACGUACCUCCUAUUUACAUAGAAAUGAUUGAAUUUGCUGUUAUAGGUGAUAGGUAGCUUUGUAUAUAAACUCUCUUUAGUCAUUGUAAUUCUAUAUACAUAUUUGAGUGAUUGCAAGUUGAAUUAGGUUAUCGUGAAGCUUUGUAUUUUGUACAUAGAGAGUUUGUGUAUUGAGUUUGUAAUUGCAAGAGUUGCUGGUGCAACUACUAAGGUUUCUGUACGCAUUUGUAAAGAAAGUUUUAACUUGUUCAUAUAUAUACAUAUAGUUGUUUUUAUCAUUGUGUUUAUUGAUUAUUCGUUGCUUGAAUAUUUGUUUUAAUAAUUGAUAAACGGACAUUGUUUUACGGUACUCAUAUUCAACCCCACCUUGUACAAGUACAUUGUUAGGAAUAUGUUAGGCUUGAUGAUAAGUUAAAACAGUUAGUGUAAUUUUGGUUAAGUAAAUGUAGCGACCAAUUUGUAAAUAUUUAAUAUUCUAAGUAUGUAAACUACUCAAGUGAAGUGAAGAUUAACGACUAAAUCUAAGCUAUCAACGGAUGAGGAAUAAAAUUUCAUCAACGACUAAUACAGAUAAGCUAUCAACUGAUAAUAAGAAGCAAUUAAUGGCCAAGUCAUGAAAGCUAUUAACAGCUAUCACAUUGGUUUAUUAUUUGCUAAAUCAAGCAUUAUCAGUUGACAGCUACAAUAGAGAAAAAAGACAACAGUCAUAUGGGAUGGGAUGAUCAAAUAAAGUUUAAUUUGUUUCGGAAGCUAAGACAAGUAAAGGCUAGCACUAUGUUGAUCAAAU